GAAAGUUCACUUCCUCAUCGUGGAUGCUUCAUGUGACGAGCUCCAUUUCUUCUUAAAGUCGGCUCACCCAGCCUGCCGCCGCCUGGGACGUCUUUGGAGUGAGGACCACACUUCCGGGGACCAUGGGGACUCUUGCCCGUGCUGCCUUCAGAGUGAGAUGGCUGCUCUGUGUGCCCCUCGUGUGUUCCCUGGCAACGGAGCAACUGCAGAGAGACCCUACCCUGGACCAUCACUGGGAUCUCUGGAAGAAAUUCCAUGGCAAACAAUACAAGGAGAAGAAUGAAGAAGACGCACGACGUCUCAUCUGGGAAAAGAACCUGAAGUUUGUGAUGCGUCACAAUCUGGAAUAUUCCAUGGGAAUGCAUUCCUAUGACGUGAGCAUGAACCAUAUGGGAGACAUGACCAAUGAAGAGAUCUUGUGCAUGAGGACCUCUCUGAGAGUUCCUCGCAGCCAGCCGCGGAGAAACGGCACCUACAGGUUUAGCUCUAAACAGAACUUGCCUGAUUCUAUGGACUGGCGAGAGAAGGGGUGUGUCACGGAAGUGAAAUACCAGGGUCCUUGUGGGGCCUGUUGGGCUUUCAGUGCUGUGGGGGCCCUCGAAGCGCAGCUGAAGCUGAAAACGGGGAAGCUGGUGUCUCUCAGUGCACAGAACCUGGUGGAUUGCUCAACCACAGAAAAAUACGGAAAUAAAGGCUGCGGGGGUGGCUCCAUGACCGAGGCCUUCCAGUACAUCAUCGACAACGGCGGCAUCGAAUCCGACGCUUCCUAUCCCUACAAAGCCACGGAUGAAAAGUGUCACUAUGACCCAAAAAAUCGAGCUGCCACAUGUUCAAGGUACACGGAGCUCCCCUACGGCGAUGAGGAAGCGCUGAAGGAAGCGGUGGCCACUAAAGGACCUGUGUCUGUGGGCAUCGAUGCCAGCCAUUCUUCCUUCUUCUUCUUCAAAAGCGGUGUCUAUGAUGACCCCUCCUGUACUGACAACGUAAAUCAUGGCGUACUAGUGGUUGGCUACGGGACCCUUGAUGGCAAAGACUACUGGCUUGUGAAAAACAGCUGGGGCCUUAACUUUGGUGAUCAAGGAUAUAUCCGAAUGGCAAGAAAUAAGAAAAACCAUUGUGGGAUUGCUAGCUACUGCUCUUACCCAGAAAUCUAAACACUGUCUCCUUUUUCUAACAAGUCAUGAAGGCGAAAUACACUCUUUUAACUUAAUUUUACCCACUCUGCCAGAAGAAACAACUGUGUAUUUAAUAUACUAACUAGGUUAUAGUCUGUUCACUUUGUAACUUUAUCUCUCUCUGAGAAGUUUCUAAACAAGUUAAGAACGUAUUGUAGCUGGAACUCCAUCAGAGUCCCCAGGAUAUUCAUGUUUGCUCUUUCUAUAUCUUACUCUGUCGUUUUUAUGUUUUCUAAUAACCAUUUAUAACAUAAUAUCCCUAAAUUGCUUAAUAAAUCAAUCAUUUCAAAUCUC